UGUAUCUUAAUCAAACGCCUUUACUCAAAUGGCUUCCAUAAAUUCAUUUGAAGUUUCCUUUCCCUGGUUGGUGUCUCAUGGAUCAACUCGUGCGUCUUCAGCAACUUUCGUAGCCACCAUCUUUUGCUUUCUCAUCCUCCAUUACUUGCUAUUCAAGAAACGUUAUAGCCGGUUCCUUAGUAACUUGCCGGUUUUCCGUAUGCUCCCCGGUCUGCUCAUGACGCUCAACCAGAUACAUGACUUCACCGUUAAGAUUCUUGGAUUCUCUGGCAUGACCUUUCUUUUCAAGGGACCUCCCUUCGCUGGCAUGGAUAUGUUGCUCACGGCUGAUCCAGACAACAUUCAUCAUAUAAUGAGCUCAAACUUCUCAAACUACAUCAAAGGACCGGGGUUACAAGAGAUUUUCGAUGUGUACGGAGACAAUAUAUUCACCACGGAUUCAGAGAUGUGGAAGAACCUGAGGAAGUGUAGUCAAUCCAUGCUCCAUCACCAAGAUUUUCAAAGGUUUUCGAUGAGUACCAUGACGAGUAAGCUCAAGGACGGACUUGUUCCUCUUCUCAAUCAUUUUGCUGAGGAAGGAACGAGUGUGGACUUGCAAGAUGUGUUUGGGAGGCUCACUUUCGAUAUAACGUUAAUCCUUAUAACCGGUUCUGAUCCUAGAUCUCUCUCCAUUGAGAUGCAUGAGGAUGAGUUAGCCAAGGCUCUCGACGAUGCUGGAAAAGGGAUUUUGAGUAGGCAUUUUAAACCGAGAUUCUUGUGGAAGCUGCAGAACUGGAUGGGGUUGGGGCAAGAGAAGAAGAUGAGUCAAGCUAACGCAACUUUUGACCGUGUCUGCUCCAAAUACAUAUCAGCCAAGAGAGAAGAGAUCACCAGAUCACAAAGGAUUCUCAAUGGAGAAGGUGAGGAUCUGUUAACUUCCUUCAUGAAGCUAGAUACAACCAAGUACAAGCUCUUGAACCCGAGUGAUGAUAAGUUCCUUAGAGACACUAUCAUAGCCUUCAUUGUAGCGGGGAGAGACACACUCGCCUUCACUCUCUCUUGGUUCUUCUGGCUUCUCUCUGAUAAUCCACAAGUGCUAGUCAAGAUUCGCCAAGAGAUCAUGGAUCUAACAAGAACCGGAAAUGGGCAAGAGAAUCUGGACAAGUUGGUGUAUUUACAAGGUGCCUUGUUUGAAGCAAUGAGACUCUAUCCACCAGUUUCCUUCGGGCGCAAGUCUCCUGUCAAAUCAGAUGUGCUUCCAAGUGGUCAUAAGGUCGAUGUAAACUCUAAGAUUAUUAUAUGUCUUUAUGCAUUAGGGAGGAUGAGAGCGGUCUGGGGAAAAGACGCAUUGCAGUUCAAGCCAGAGAGAUGGAUUACUGAGAAUGGAGGGGUAAAACAUGAGCCUUCCUCCAAGUUUCUAGCGUUUAAUACCGGUCCAAGAACUUGUCUAGGUAAGCAUUUAGCUAUCCCUCAGAUGAAGAUGGUGGUCGUGGAGAUAUUACAAAAGUACGACUUUGAGGUUAUCAAAGGGCAGAAGAUUGACAUGGACUUAGAGUCACAGUUGCUAAGAGAUGUUAAAUUUGAAAUUAAUGAUUUAUGA